GGCCAGCCUAUGUGGUCAUUUCGAGCUAGUUCAACUACUCUUAGAAUCAGGUAGAUUUGUGUUGCCCCCCUUCAGCUCGAGAGGGACUUGGCACUUACACAAAGACCACAACCCCCAGGAGCCUUGGCUGACCCCGACUCGUUUGAGCGGGAGCGGGCCGUCUACAAUGCUCUCAACAACAAGAUUCGGAACCUGCUUCUGUCAUACGACUACUCCAAGGCGGCAGACCCCCUGCAGCCGUGGUCCUCGCACAUUUCGUCGCUGCUGGUCCGCGACAACCCCCCAACAUCCGACAUCGUCCUCUCAGCUCCGGCAGAGGAUUUCCACUUGCACAAGUUCCUCCUCUCCGCCAGGUCGCCAUAUUUCAUGCGCAAGUUUACCGCCGACCCCGAGACGGUGACAUGGAAGCUGCCCCACGCCAUUCCCGUCGAGGCCUUUCGGGUAGUGCUGCGCUACCUCUAUCUCGGCGACCUGCCACGCGACUUGGUUGGCCCCAAGAGCGACGUCUCCGAGGAGGACGUCUUCAAGGGCAUCGACAAGCUGUGCAGGCAGCUUGAGCUUGACAAGUUGUGGGAGGCCGUGCUGUCCAUCAACGACCGCCGGCUAGCGAGGCAGCGCCACCAGGACGAAGUCCGCCGAGCCCAGGCCCAAGUGGAAGCUAUGUUUCGUAACACCGUGCUCAAGAACAAGAUAGAAGUCGACACCCGCAAGGCCGCCGACGUCAAAUGGCCUCGCCACAACUUCAUAUUCGCAGACUGCCUCCUGAGAGCAGAUGAUCAAGCAGAAGGCGAGAAUCCCGCGGAUUCGGAAGCCGUCCCGGACGGAACCGCUAUCCCGGUCGGCCCAGCUGGCGAGCACGCAGCCCCAAGCGACGCCUCCGCGGAACGCCGGGGCCGCUCCGUCCUCUUCCCGGUGCACAAGUCAUUCCUGAUCCGCAGCCCUUACUUCGAGACCAUGUUCUCCUCGGACUUCCUCGAGGCCCACGACGACCAAGACCACCUGCACAUCAUCAAGGUCGACUGCAGUCCGGCCGUCCUCGAGAUCAUACUCCUCUUCCUCUACACCGAAAAGGCCGAUUGCCCCCUCGAGCAUGCCCUGGACCUGCUCUACGCCGCCGACAUGCUCCUUCUCGACAAGCUCAAGGCCAAGGCCGCCGUCACCAUCUCGACGCUCGGCAGCGGCAACAACAACGCCCUGGUCGACCGCACACACAACAGCCACCCGUCCAACUCCAACCAACCAUCCACCCCCGGUCAAGACGGAGCGGCGUCGGCGUCGGCGUCGGCACCGGCACCGGCACCGGCACCGGCACCGGCAGCCGAAGUCGACGAGCCCAUCAACGUCUACGACGUGAUCCACGCCGCCUGGGACCUCAAGGUGCAGCGCCUCGAGGAGUUCGCCGCGCGGUACCUGGCCGGCCGGCUCGAGGACUACAUCGACGAGCCCGAGUUCGCCGAGCUGAUCCGCGAGAGCGCCGACCGCAUCAAGGAGCGGCACGAGACCGACACCAUCGAGCUGCUCGACGACAUCCGCUACUUCCUCUCGGAGCGCUUCCGCCUGCGCUUCGAGGGCGACGGCCUCGAGGAGAUGUUGGACGAAGAGGCAGCGCAGAAGGUUGGGGGGAAGGAGGAAGAGGCGGCGGCGGAGAAGGGCGUCAAGACCGGCGGAGAAGAAGCUGCUGCCGCUGCCGCUGCCGCUGCUGGUAGCGGUGGUAGUGGUGGACCUCGGGGAGUGAGGACCCUGAACGGGGAGGUGGUGGAGGACGAGUUUGCAUCGGAUGCGAUCAACUACCAGAUCCUAUUGGAAAAGAUCGAUAGAAUGUUGGAGAGGCUGAAGCUGGAUGCCUGAUGAACGGCCAUCGGGGUUGAGCAUGAUUAAUAAUAGCGUAGAUGAGAGCGAGAUCUAGACGCCGCUUUAUCCAAACAUGCAUGUAUGACGACGACGAUGAU